CGAUGUACGUAAGUACACCAUUACGCGCAUUUGCACACUCACAAUCAGUGGAGUUUCUCCGCGAAUUUCAAAAUCCGGCUCUUUUUCGUGAAAAAUGCUGACUUUCAACGAUAAUAAAGCUGGAAUGAAUGGACUGGAUAAGGAGAAAAUCACGAAAGUCAUCGAAGAAAACACAUCAGCGUCCUACUCGUCGUUUUCCAAAAAACAACAAUCAAGAAUUGAAGAGAAAGUUUUAGAAAUCAAAAAUCGUUUGCAAACAGCAACCAGAGAAGAAAGACAAAAAUCUGAGAUACUGAUGGAGAAUCUUGAGAUGAAACUGGAAUCAUCUAGAGAUUUAUCAAGAGACUGUGUUUGUAUAGAUAUGGAUGCUUAUUUUGCCGCAGUUGAAAUGAGAGAUAAUCCUGCACUGAGAACAGUUCCUAUGGCCGUAGGCUCAUCGGCAAUGCUGAGCACAUCCAACUACUUGGCUCGCCGUUUUGGAGUCCGUGCUGGAAUGCCUGGCUUCAUCUCAAAUAAACUUUGUCCGAGUCUAACGAUUGUUCCAGGAAAUUACCCUAAAUACACUAAAGUCAGUCGCCAAUUUUCACAAAUUUUCAUGGAAUACGAUUCGGAUGUUGGAAUGAUGUCAUUGGAUGAGGCAUUUAUAGAUUUGACAGACUAUGUGGCAAGUAAUACAGAAAAAAAAACCUUCAAGCGUCACAGAUUCGGCGGAGAUUGUCCAUGUUGGUUACCCCGUUUCGACGAGAAUGAAAAUACUUUGGAAGACUUGAAAAUCGAAGAAUCGAUCUGUCCAAAAUGCGAAAAAUCGCGGAAAAUCUACUACGACCAUGUGGAGUUCGGAACUGGACGAGAGGAGGCUGUUCGAGAAAUUCGAUUUCGAGUUGAACAACUCACGGGAUUAACAUGUUCUGCUGGAAUCGCAUCUAACUUUAUGCUCGCUAAGAUUUGUUCUGAUUUGAACAAACCAAAUGGUCAAUAUGUGUUAGAAAAUGAUAAAAACGCGAUUAUGGAGUUUUUGAAGGAUUUACCGAUUCGUAAGGUUGGAGGAAUUGGUCGUGUAUGCGAAGCUCAACUGAAAGCAAUGGAUAUUCAAACUGUUGGUGAUAUGAAUCUGAAGAAGAACCUAUACCCUUUGUGUUUCACGCCUCUCUCACAAGAAUCUUUCCUUCGAACGGCUCUCGGACUGCCAGGUCGUCCAUCUGAAUCGGAUCCACGAAGAAAAAGCAUUUCAGUUGAGAGAACUUUUUCUCCAACUUCGGAUUUCAACAUCCUCCUAGAAGAGCAUCAAGAAAUCUGUAGAAUGCUUGAAGAAGAUGUUCGUAAAUCAGGAAUUGUCGGAGGAAAAACUGUAACUCUAAAAUUAAAAUUAUCUUCAUUCGAUGUUCUCACAAGAUCGUUGACACCUUCUGAUGUGGUGAAGUCACUUGAAGAUAUUCAAAAGUUCUCACUGGAGUUGUUGGAAAAAGAAAAAGGAAAAGAAAUUCGAUUGUUAGGAGUCAGAUUAUCACAAUUGAUAUUUGAAGAAGAUGAGAAAAAAAGAAGCAAAACGAUCACAGAGUUUUGGAAUGAGAAAAAACUUCAAAUUCAAAAUCUACAAGGAUCGGAAAACGUCGACGAUGAUGAUGUCAUAAUGAUGGAUACUCGUCCUUGUCCCAUUUGUGGAACUGAUGUCGAAAAUCGUUUAGACGUUAUGAACUGCCACGUCGAUGAGUGUAUUCUGAAAGUGCAAAACGAUGACGGACCCGAGUUAAUUUGCGUUUCUGUGGAAAAUAAAUCAACGCAGAAACCAGAAAGACCUUCUACGAAAAAGCGAAAACUUCAAGAGAAGAGACCAAAAGCGAAGAAAAUGGUGACAAUCGACUCAUUUUGGAAGAAAAGUGGUUAAAAAGAAUAUAAUUCUAACUGUUACUAACUGUGAUUAAUCUAUACAUCCCCUUCUAAUUUUUGUUAUCCAUGUGUAUAUUGUCAUGAAUCGUUUGAAUGAAAAUCAACUUUAUUCAAAAAAGAAAAACAAUGAAAAGUCAUGAGAUAA